UGGUGCAAAAAGAAUUUCAAUAGAUGGAAUUGCCUUCUUCUUCCUUACCUCUCUUCAGAAAAGCUCGUUUUUAUAAUUAUCUCUUCCUAUUACUAAGUUUGGUUGUAUUUUUGAUAACUUACUCAUCCUAUCUCCUUCCCUCUUCACCGUCAGUCACAUCCUUGGCCACUUUGAUUUGGCCAAAUCCAAAAGUUGGAAAGAAGAACAAGGAUAGGUUGCCACCAUUUGCAAUUCGAGAAAGUGAAAAAGAUUGCAAUUUAUUCAGUGGAAAGUGGGUUUGGGAUGAGUCAACUAGGCCUUUAUAUGAGGAAUCAGAAUGCCCAUAUUUACUUCCUCAGGUGACUUGUCAAGAACAUGGCAGACCAGACAAGGACUAUCUCUAUUGGAGAUGGCAACCUAGUGAUUGUCUUAUUCCCAGAUUCAAUGCAUCACUGAUGCUGGAAAGUCUUCGAGGGAAGAGGAUGAUGUUUGUAGGUGAUUCCUUAAAUAGAGGCCAAUUCACUUCCAUGGUAUGUCUCCUCCAUAAAGUCAUACCAAACGAGGCAAAAUCCCUACAUAAAGUAGAUUCAUUCACCAUCUUCACAGCAAAGGAUUAUAAUGCAACAAUUGAAUUCUACUGGGCACCUUUUCUUCUAGAAUCAAACGCAGAUCAUCCUGGCAAACAUAGGGUACCUGAUCGAAUUGUUCGAAAAGAUUCGAUAGAUACACAUGGAAAACACUGGAAAGGAGUCGAUAUUAUGGUGUUCAAUACAUAUAUUUGGUGGAUGAGUGGCCGUACAUUCAAGAUUCUGAAUGGGACAUUUGAUGAUAGUGUAAAAGACAUAGCAGAUGUGCCAACUGACAAUGCUUAUCGUAUGGGGAUGGAUAAUUUAUUGAGAUGGAUAAAGCAGAAUAUGGAUCCAAAAAGACAUAGGGUCUUUUUUACUAGCAUGUCACCUUCUCAUGCAUGGAGCAAAGAGUGGGGAGGAGAUCUAAAUGGAAAUUGUUACAAUGAAACAAAAAUGAUAGAGGAUCCAAAGUAUUGGGGAUCAGAGAGUAGAAAAAGCAUAAUGCAAAUAAUUGGAGAAGAAUUUGACAAAUCCAAAGUGUCAAUUACAUUUCUCAACAUCACACAAUUGUCAAUGCCACGAAGGGAUGCACACACAUCAAUAUACAAAGAGAGAUGGGGACCUUUAAGUCCAGAAGAAAAAGCAAAUCCUUCAAGCUAUGCAGAUUGUAUACAUUGGUGUUUGCCUGGACUUCAAGAUGUUUGGAACGAGCUUUUAUUUGCUAAGCUUUUCUAUCCUUAACUUUUGUAAUUGGUGUAACAACUUUUGUUCUUAGAAUUUUCUCACUAUAAACAAUUGAGUUCAUGUUCUAUGCACUGGCCAUGUACUCUUUUUUACGAUAUUGGUGACC